AUGGCAUUCCGGGCAGCCAUAUUCGGUGCAAGACAGGCAACAAAUCAGGCAGGAAUGAACUGGCAGUGUCUUGCAGCACAGCGCAACACUUGGAUAAACUUUGACGCCAUCAUCAUUCAGGCGCUGGGCAGCAGCACAGCAUUGAAAGGAAAAGUGGAACCUGAACGCGAGUCCCGUAUGCAGUCCGUAUGCCAAGCAGAAUGGCAUCUCCCUUUCGCCAACAGCAAACAAGCCGCCCUGAGUGGGCCGGAUACAUCGGUAGUGCUCACCUUGGCUACUGUUACAGUUGCUCUCGCUCCUUUUCAACUUCUCAGUUUGACUGACUAG